UGUACCAUAAAAAUUUUGCGGUUCUUGUUGCAAUGAACUAGAAAACAUGUUUUCCUAAGACAAGGGAGGCUCCCUUUACAAAUUAGUCAUGCUUGCGUAACUGACGAGGUAUGCAGUGAAGAAAAGGAACCCGAUAAAUGAAAAAAAGGUUCCAGAAAAUAGGGCCGACCCUUAUUUUAUGGGUCAAUUGUUUCUAAUGUAUUCAUGUUUUCCAACCAUUUAUUAUAAAACCAAUGUAUGUAUGUAUGUAUGUAACCAAGUAACCCAAACAGUCUGGAAAUCACUCAUUAUCACGUCUUGUAAUAUUCAGCAGUCUUUUUAACACUUGAAGUUCAAGUCUUGAACACAAACUUACAUAAAAAUGUCUCGGAGCAUUUGUCACGAUAAAAUGUCCAGAAAAGGUGUCAUUCUUGUUAUCAUGGUUGUAGUAUCGUGUUUCAGUGAAGUUCAAACAAAACCAGUUAUCUCUCGAUUUAACAAACCAGGGAAAUCCCCAAAGGUUACGAAACCUCCAAAAUCCCAAGGCUACAGGUCAUCAAUGUCUCAUCAGGAUCGUCUGGAGUCUACUUUCCCCAAUGGCUACAUAGGUCCCCCCACCGGAACACCUCCCACAUCCGCAAACAAGCCAAGCACCUCGAAUCCCUUGCUUCACCUCACCGUCCACAUUCCUCCAGCCUCCGUGAGUUAUGGAAAAGAGCUUGAUGUCAAGGCUGGCGGCGCGUUCACCCUGAUAACGCCCAUGGAGAAUUUCCAUUACUCGUCCAGUGGCAACGUCAAUCUGCGAUGUUCUUUGAUCCAGUACCAAAUGCAGAGCAGUUAUUCCCCAACCCUGGCGUGCUUUUAUCUACAUUUUCUGACCCUGAAGAAACAUACCGGGACGAAGGGAGGAAAACAAUCAGAACUAUGUUACAUGAUGGUCAGUAAUGAUGAUCAUGAUAAUGAUAAGUACUUGCCCAAAUAGUUAACAACUCUUGGGUACAAAUUUUUGUACAUAUGUGUGUGUCCCACUUCAAUAAACUCUUCAACCCUCAUUCUGGAUUAA